AUGCUGACCCAUAACCAGAACUAUCAUGGAUAUAAUCGUCCAAUCGUCCAAAGGGAGAAAUCGCGGAAGCAACUAGCAGAGGAACGGAGAAACAAUGCGUUCAUUGCAGUAGUCGACAAUAUCAAGAAGGAGCUGAUCUUGAGAGGAUUCGGAAAUGGAGAAGUUCUCACAUCACAGCCAGCCGUAUUGAUGCUGGUCGCCGAGACUUUGAAUCAAGUUGAUCUGAAGGCCAAGUUUCCAGAGCAACCUCGUCGGAAAAGUGAAGGUGGAAAGAUGACAAGAGAAACGGAAAAGGUAGUCAAAGCGACAAGAGAGCAGAUGAGAAGGAACAAAAAGAACGCUGCCAUCGAUAGUCUGAGGGAGUUCAUCAAUCGGAAAAAACUUGUAUAUGGAUCUACGGGGAGACUGGAGCAGCUUGAAGUGGUUCGCAUCAUUUUGGAACAUAUCCGAACUCUCCCAGUCAGCAAUAUUGUCACACCAACUUCAGUCCAGCAACCGUUCGGACAGAUUUCGCCUCCAAUCACAACGAUACCGACAUCUUCCUCCCUGCCGCGCCGACCUACCGGUGCAUUUAAUAUUGAUUCGUUGCUGGGAAGAAUCGCCCCCACAACUUCCCCACAAUCUCCAUCUCUUCCAACACUGAUUCCAACUCCACCAAUCGGUCAGCAGGAUCCAGUCUCAUCACCAGUCGGAUCUCCCUCUCCAAUACUCCCAGAUGUUUUUUCAACUGGAGCCCUUCUGCCACCGGUCCCACAGUUCAACUUCCCAUGGACUGGGACCCCAUUUCCAAUGCUGGAUCCCAUCGCUCUUGAAAUCCAGCACCAGAUUCAGAUUGAGUGCCAACGAAUGCUCCAGAACCGCGCAAGUAUUCAGAAGGCAGCUGAGGAAAUCCAAAUUAAAGAGGAAGAUUUGUCUCGAGCUGGUAGUUCUCGUCCGAGUGAAGUUCCUAUUGAAAGAGAGAAUUCUUCGGAUCUCCUCAUUUGA